AUGGCGCGAAAUAAUUACUUUGAUCCUACACGCUCCUGGACGGACGGUGGCGAUCGCAGCAGUGGUCCUGCACGUCAGACGUGGAGCCACAGAGGGUUUGGCGCAGCUCUCGCCAGGCUAGGGUUUAUCGAGUCCUGCCAAGGAUUCUCUCCUUCCCGCCGGAUUGGAGCUUCCGGGAUCUCCCAAGAAGCAAUGUGGAUCCCCAGGCGCGUGCUGCUGCUGCUCGCCCUCUCCAUCCUCGUCGCGCGCGCGGCGGAGGCGGCGCUGGAUUGCACGUCGCCGUUCACAUACAAGGGCCAGACCAGGUAUUUCGGUGCUUGCAACACUCUCACAGGCCCGGCGGCGCUGGCCUGGACUUACGAUCCAGCCGAUAGCACGCUCAAGGUCGCGUUCUUGGGGCAAGCCGCGAGCCCCAUGGGAUGGGUGGGCUGGGGGAUCAAUCUGGGCAGCAGGCCAGUGAUGGUUGGGACCAAUGCCUUGAUCGGCUUUAGGACCCAAGACAGGAGCUAUGUGGACACUUACAAGCUCACCACUGAUAUUCAAGCUGGAGCUCAGCUCACUCCAGGAACUCUGGAUAUCUCGGUGCUCGACAAGGCUGUGGAGAUCACUGGCACCACUGUGACCAUCUUUGCCACCAUCCAGCUCCGGCCAAACCAGACUAAGAUCAACCAUGUGUGGAACCGAGGCUCCAAGACGAUUGGAGUUUCGCCGCUCCAGCAUGGACUCUCUCCGGAAGAUCGCAGUGGUGUUGGUGUCAUCGAUCUGAGCACCAGAUCCGUGAUAAACACCGAGCCUCCUCAUCAAAGUCUCAAGCAGAGCCAUGGAGCUCUCAAUGCAGUUGGAUGGGGGAUUUUUCUCCCGCUUGGAAUGAUGACUGCUCGCUAUGCCAGGCCCUUCUCCGAGAAAGUUUGGUUCUACGUCCACAUAUCUCUGCAAAGCCUUGGCUUGCUGCUGGGAUCCAUUGGCUGGCUCAUUGGAUUGAGGCUUGGAAGUUACUCCAAAGGGAUCGUCCAUGAUGUUCAUCGAAACAUUGGCAUUGCAAUCUUUAGUUUCGCCUGUCUACAGGUUUUUGGAGUAGCGUUUCGUCCAAACAAGGAGCACAAGCUCAGGCUCUACUGGAACGCUUACCAUCACUCCAUCGGCUACCUCAUGCUCAUCCUCAUCUUCACAAACAUCUACAAAGGUUUCGAGAUCCUCCAGCCCAAGCGACGGUGGCACAACGCCUACACUGGGUUCGUGGUGCUGGCGGCCAUCGUCAGCUUCAUUCUGGAAAUCCUCACUUGGAUCAUCUACUUCAAGAGGAAGAAAAAUGCCGAGAAAGAAGCGCUUGCAAACGGUGGUAAGGUGCAAAUGGGAUCCUCGUUUUCCAGUUUCCCAGCAUAGCUCCUUUACUUAUUUUUUCUUCUCCUUGAUAUGGUUUUACUGCGGCAACCCAAUACUGGGAUUGAGUGUAUUUUGUUUGAGAAAAUUUGGUUUGGACUAAUACGAAGUGAUUAUUAGUAAUUAA